AGCAAGCCAGGGAGCAGUUGAUCCAUCGGCCAACAAGCAAAGAUGCAGAUCUUCGUCAAGACCCUGACCGGGAAGACGAUCACGCUCGAGGUCGAGAGCAGCGACACUAUCGACAAUGUCAAGGCCAAGAUCCAGGACAAGGAAGGCAUCCCUCCGGAUCAGCAGCGGUUCAUCUUCGCCGGGAAGCAGCUGGAGGACGGGCGCACUCUGGCCGACUACAACAUCCAGAAGGAGUCAACGCUGCACCUGGUUCUCCGCCUGCGGGGCGGCAGCCGCGGCCAGUACAUCAUCAUGGACCCCAGCCUCCUGCAGCUCGCCCUCAAGUACAAGGAGAAGAAGAUGAUCUGCCGCAAGUGCUACGCGCGCCUCCCCCGCGGCACCACCAACUGCCGCAAGAAGAAGUGCGGCCACAGCAACGAGAUCAGGGCCAAGAAGAGGUUCCUCGACAAGCAUAUCAUGUGAAGAAGAAGAAGAAGAAGAAGCAGCACAAGGCCUAUAUAUAUCCACCGCCGUCCAAUAUGAUAGAUUUGAUUUCGUGUUAUAUAGUAGUACAGUAGUAUUUUACCAAGAUAGUCUUAAGUCUUACUAGGUUUUAACUUUUAUUAAGCCAUGCGAACUAGUCCGCGUCGAUCGGAUGCGUGUAUCGAACCAUUACUGCGAGUUAUUAUGGAUGUCUAAUGACUACACAUCUCUGUGCCCAGAUUUUGUUUGUCUGUUUUUCGUUCAUUAGCCAACAUAAUUAUUUUCUGAACGCCACAACCACUACCGUAAUCUCUUGAACGACAGUAAAAAUGACGCAAAGGAACAAAUCAUAUAAGCACACCUUCUUCUUGUGCUUGAACGUUUUGUCCAUGGGCAGGCCAAUGGCAAAAAAACAAACCAAACUUGACUCGAAGCAAAGCAUCGUGUAUGGGUGAUGUUUUGCAGAUCACGGGAGCAUGCUGGAUUGGUUAAACACCUGAACGGCAUCGUGUAUUGUUUGCCUUGUGUUGUCUCAGUGGUCAUCUUAGCAAGAAGCGCUCGUAAACUUUCUGGUUUCAUCUUACUUGUGCUCGCGCUGCUGUCCCAGCGGUGCUUGCACUGAUGAGAAAAUAGGCAGUUUUUCGAUUAAAUUAAUCCAUGAAUGAAUCAUAAGCAUGACAUGGACAGCAUUGAUAACACACUGAUUACAAUCUAACAGAGCAUGCUGUACUACGCACAUAGUAGAAAC